CUCUUUAUGAUCCUCGAUCUCUUCGAUAUAUCUUACUAUUUCUCUGUCAUGGUCCCCAUCAAUAAUAUUCCACACUUUCUGUGUUAGUCUUACAAUAAUCGACGGUCUAUAUUUUAUCUUAGCUUGUCUGAGAUCGAGGAGGUUGUUCGACAAACAAACCAUAUAUACAUCGGCAGAAGCCUAGCCGGCCUGAAGCUGGCCGGGGAAUUGAAGGGAGCAUGCUUUGGGAGGACAUCAUGUUCAAUUUACGUGGCGCAACACAACUUAAAAUUCUUCAAUUUCGGACAGGAUGGCCGCAGCUCGAAUCACCCUGUCUUUGGGAGCAUGUCAGCAUAGUUGUGCCAGUGGGUUUCCUUGCAAUUUUCUUGCUAGAUCUUGCAGGAAAACUUCUGGGCCUAAUUUUCAAACACAGAGCAAAGGUUACGGAUAGGGGCAUAGACAAGUACCCCAUCAGAAUAAAAGUCAGUAUUGCCUAUAAGGCUAGCAUAAUUUGUACCAGUUUACUACUGGGGACUCAUAUCUUAAUGCUAAUGAUGCUGCUAAAUGGUAGAGGAACUCAGUGCAACUCUAAGGCUUGGGCCUUUUCAUCAGAAACCUUGCAAGUGCUAUCAUGGGCAAUUACAGUAGUUGCAGUAUACAUAGUGCCAAAUAGAAAGUACAUCAAGUUCCCCUGGAUCCUAAGAGCAUGGUGGCUUUGCAGUUUCUUGUUGUCCAUCAUCUGCAUAACUCUUGAUACCCAUUUUAUAAUGAUAAACCAUGGCAAACUUGGCGUAAGAGACUUUGCGGACUUCCUUGGUCUGCUUGCAUCCACAUGCCUCAUGGGCAUUUCAAUCAGAGGGAAGACAGACAUUGUCUUCAUUGUCCCCAGUGGCACUGCUGAGCCACUUCUCAAUGGAAAAACUGAUAAAAAUUCAGAAUGCAUUAGGGAAUCUCCAUAUGGGAAAGCUACUCUUGUCCAACUAGUUACCUUCUCUUGGCUCAAUCCCUUAUUUGUUCUUGGGUUUAAGAAACCCCUCGAACCGGAUGAAAUUCCAGAUGUUGAUAUCAAGGACUCAGCAGGAUUUCUUUCCCACUCAUUCAAUGAGAGCCUUGAACAUGUUAAGGAGAGAGAUGGAACUACAAACCCAUCCAUCUACAAGGCAAUCUACUUGUUUAUCAGGAAGAAAGCAGCAAUCAAUGCAUUUUUUGCAGUGGUUACUGCUGUAGCAUCAUAUGUUGGCCCAUACCUCAUUGAGGACUUUGUAACUUUCCUGUCCCAGAAGAGCACCCGGAGUUUAGAGAGUGGCUACCUUCUAGCACUAGCCUUUCUAGGUGCCAAAAUGGUUGAGACAAUAGCACAGAGGCAAUGGAUUUUCGGGGCACGCCAACUAGGCCUUCGCCUUAGAGCUUCUCUGAUAUCUAGUAUUUAUAAGAAGGGCUUAGUCCUGUCAAACCGAUCCCGCCAAAGCCGCACUAGUGGAGAGAUCAUCAACUAUAUGAGUGUAGAUAUCCAAAGAAUCACAGACUUAAUCUGGUACUUAAACAUACUAUGGAUGUUACCCAUACAAAUUUCCUUAGCUAUCUACAUUCUACAUACAACUCUAGGUUUGGGUUCAUUGGGAGCAUUAGCCGCAACUUUAACUGUUAUGGCUUGCAAUAUACCCCUUACAAGACUCCAGAAGAGGUACCAAUCUAAGAUCAUGGAAGCGAAGGACAAUAGGAUGAAAGCCACUUCAGAAGUUCUUCGAAAUAUGAAGGCUCUUAAACUUCAAGCAUGGGACAGUCAGUUCCUCAACAGUUUAGAGGGAUUGAGGAAAAUAGAGUAUAGUUGGUUAUGGAAAUCACUAAGAUUAUCAGCAUUGUCAGCUUUUAUCUUCUGGGGAUCACCUACGUUAAUUUCUGUGGUAACUUUUGGGACAUGUAUGCUAAUGGGGAUUGAACUCACAGCUGGGAGAGUUUUAUCUGCUUUGGCCACCUUCCGAAUGUUACAAGACCCUAUAUUCAGUCUGCCUGAUUUACUCUCUGCGAUUGCACAAGGAAAAGUCUCAGCGGAUAGAAUUACUUCCUACCUACAGGAAGAGGAAAUUCAAAGCGACGCAAUCAAGUAUCUUCCAAGAGAUCAAACAGAGUUUGACAUCCAGAUUGACAGUGGGGAAUUCAGCUGGGAUCCGGAGUCGAGAAAUCCAACUCUUGAAAAAAUACAGUUAAAAGUGAAGAGGGGAAUGAAGGUGGCAAUAUGCGGGACUGUGGGAUCAGGGAAGUCUAGCCUGCUUUCAUGCAUUAUAGGAGAAAUACAGAAGCUAUCUGGGACAGUGAAGAUUAGUGGUACAAAGGCUUAUGUACCUCAGUCUCCAUGGAUACUAACAGGAAAUGUAAGGGAUAAUAUUCUCUUCGGGAAUCAAUAUGAUGGUACUAAGUACGACAGAACAGUUAAAGCAUGUGCUUUGGAAAAGGAUUUUGAACUUUUCUCCAGUGGUGACCUAACAGAGAUUGGAGAGAGAGGGAUAAAUAUGAGUGGAGGCCAAAAGCAAAGAAUACAGAUUGCUCGUGCAGUUUACCAGGAUGCUAACAUAUAUCUACUUGAUGACCCUUUCAGUGCUGUUGAUGCUCAUACUGGCACCCAAAUUUUUGAGGAAUGCCUGAUGGGGAUUCUUAAAGACAAGACUAUACUUUUUGUUACCCACCAAGUUGAGUUUCUUCCAGCAGCAGACCUUAUUCUGGUGAUGCAAAAUGGAAGAAUUGCACAAGCUGGACGAUUCGAGGAACUUUUGAAGCAAAAUAUAGGAUUUGAAGUUUUAGUUGGUGCUCAUAGUGAAGCUCUAGAGUCAAUCCUCACAGUUGAAAACUCAAGUAAAACAUCUCCAAGUCCUACAGCUGAUGAUGAAUCCAACAUAGAUUCAACUUUUAAUGCAGAGCUUCUACACACACAAAAUGACUCAGAGCAUAAUCUUUCUCUAGAAAUAACAGAAAAGGCAAGCAAAUUUGUCCAAGAUGAAGAAAGAGAGAAAGGAAGCAUUGGAAAAGAAGUUUACUGGUCUUAUUUGACCACUGUGAAAGGUGGAGCCCUAGUUCCAUUCAUCCUUUUGGCACAGUCAUCAUUCCAAGUAUUACAGAUAGCAAGUAACUACUGGAUGGCAUGGGCUUCUCCUACCACAAGUGAGACUCAACCGAAAGUGGCGAUGAACUUCAUAUUGCUUGUUUAUAUAUUACUUGCUGUUGGAAGUUCACUUUGCGUGCUGUUGCGAGCCACUUUAGUAGCACUAGCAGGACUUUGGACAUCACAAAAGCUUUUCACCAAAAUGCUGCAUAGUGUGCUCCGGGCACCGAUGGCAUUUUUUGAUUCAACCCCAUUUGGAAGAAUCUUAAACCGGGUAUCUACAGAUCAAAGUGUGCUAGACUUGGAACUGGCAGGAAAAGUAGGUUGGUGUGCCUUUUCAAUAAUUCAGAUUCUAGGAACUAUUGUAGUGAUGUCACAAGUGGCAUGGGAAGUAUUUGUCAUCUUCAUUCCAGUAACUGCAAUCUGCAUAUGGUACCAACAAUAUUACAUACCAACAGCAAGAGAACUAGCCCGCUUAUCAGGUAUUGAACGAGCACCAAUACUCCAUCACUUUGCAGAAUCACUAGCAGGAGCUGCAACAAUCCGUGCUUUUGAUCAAGAACACCGUUUCAUUGAUGGAAACCUCGGUCUUGUUGACAACCACUCUAGGCCAUGGUUUCAUAGUGUGUCAGCAAUGGAAUGGCUUUCUUUCAGACUCAAUUUGCUAUCCAACUUUGUGUUUGCCUUCUCAUUGGUUUUACUGGUCACCCUCCCUGAAGGAGUUAUCAAUCCAAGCAUUGCAGGGUUGGCAGUAACAUACGGAAUCAAUUUGAACGUGUUACAAGCUUCAGUUAUAUGGAACAUAUGCAAUGCAGAAAAUAAGAUGAUAUCAGUUGAAAGAAUUCUUCAGUACUCAAAUAUAAAACGUGAAGCAGCACUUGUGAUUGAAGAUUGCAGACCACCAAACAACUGGCCAGAAGUUGGAACAAUUUGCUUUAAAAAUUUGAAGAUCCGCUACGCUGAACAUCUUCCAUCUGUCCUAAAAAACAUUAACUGUACAUUUCCUGGAAGGAAGAAAGUUGGUGUUGUGGGAAGGACAGGUAGUGGGAAAUCAACCCUCAUACAAGCUAUUUUCAGGAUUGUUGAACCCGGAGAGGGCAGCAUCAUCAUCGAUGAUGUGGACAUUUGCAAAAUAGGCCUUCACGACUUAAGAUCAAGGCUUAGUAUCAUACCACAGGACCCAGCAAUGUUUGAGGGAACAAUUAGAGCAAACCUAGACCCUCUACAGCAAUAUUCUGACAGUGAAAUAUGGGAGGCUCUGGAUAAAUGUCAGCUAGGUCAUCGAGUGUGUGAUAAGGAAGAGAAGUUGGAUUCCACAGUCGUUGAAAAUGGAGAAAAUUGGAGUGUGGGCCAAAGACAGUUAUUUUGUCUUGGAAGAACCUUGCUGAAGAAGAGUAGCAUUCUCGUACUGGAUGAAGCAACAGCAUCAGUUGAUUCUGCAACUGAUGGAGUGAUACAAAAAAUCAUUAGUCAAGAGUUCAAAGAUCGGACAGUUGUCACUAUAGCUCACAGAAUCCACACAGUUAUAGAUAGCGAUCUCGUGUUGGUCCUCAGUGAAGGCAAAAUUGCAGAAUAUGACACUCCAGGAAAGCUACUGAAACGGCCGGAUUCUUUCUUCUCUAAACUCGUACAGGAGUACUCCUCAAGAUCUCAAAGUUUCAACAACUUAGCAAAGAGACAUGAUUAGUUCUAACUUCGAAGAAUGAAAGAAUCUCCGGACAUUAAAUUUGGUGGAGCAAGAGAGAUCAAAAGGGUAAUAGCAACAAGAAUAAGGCUAAGAUCGUCUUGAGAAAUGCUUGAAUGUUUCUCUCAUCCAUGAGUUAGAGAGAAGAUUGACUGCCUUCGGUGUAGAAAUUAUAUAAAGUGAGAUGCACAAAAGGAAACACCAGGAGGUAGACAGUAUAAUUCCUUUUCUAGUGUAGCAUUUAAGAUUGUUCCAGCUAGUAAAAGAUUACCAAUAAUUUUUUUAUGCCAAUUUAUGUUCAAAUGGAUGCUUCAAAAAAUGUGUAAA